GAGAGAGCAGUGGCAGCAGCAGCAGGCUUCUCUUCAACUCAAGUUUUUGGCUCCAGUUUGAAUUCAGAGGAUCAGAAGAGGUUGCCGAGCUUUCAUCGAGUGGUGGAGCGGUCAGAGGCAGCCAGAGUCAUCAUGGCUGUGUCCCAGGAGCGGAGUGUGUGUCUGGGGCUUUGGGUGCUCCUUUUGCUCAGUGCAGGCAUGGAGGAAGUUGUGGAGGGAUGUAGCUGCCACCCAGCACACCCACAGCAGCUAUUCUGCAGCGCUGAGAUUGUGAUAAGGGCAAAGAUCUCUGGAGAGAAAAUAGUGUCACCUAGCAACAGCUCCUCACCUUACAUGAAGAUGAUCCAAUAUGAAAUCAAAAUGAUCAAGAUGUUUAAAGGUUUUGACAAGGCCAAGGACAUCCAGUAUGUGUACACUCCAGUCUUCUCCUCACUGUGUGGAGUCAAACUAGACUCCAACAAUAAAGCAGGGUAUUUGCUCUCAGGAAGUAUGUGGAGUGAUGGGAGAAUUUCUAUUGGCCAAUGCGACCUAGUUGAGUCCUGGGACAACUUGUCACUGUCACAGAAGAAGAAUCUCAACUACAAAUACCAGAUGGGCUGUGAAUGCAGAAUCAACACCUGUUACACAGUCCCGUGUGCGUCUACAGGAGAAAACGAGUGCUUGUGGACUGACUGGCUGCUGGAUAACAGCCUAAAUGGGGAGCAGGCUCGGCAGUACGCCUGUAUCCGCCGCUCUGACACAACCUGUAGCUGGUACCGGGGUGGACCCCCACCUGAGAAAGACUUCCUGGACAUGGCUGACCCUUGACCUGUAAUUCUGACAUUCAUUUUUACUACAUUUCACUACUGCAAAGUCCUGAGAAACAUUUCCUACCUUCGCUUAUGUAGCUCAAAUUUGGCACGCAAGUAGCAACUGAUUUAAUCGAACAAUUGGCUGAUUUUCAAGGGAGUCCCAUUGCUGAGCUUCUGUUUGCAGAGUUCAGGUGGUUGCUAAAGCAAUGCUACGAAUAUCUUUGCAAACUGCAGGGGUUUUCAUCCUUCCUCUGACUCAGAUUUUUCUCGCUCUCACACAUUCCACUUCACUUGCUGUUUUCCACAGAAUAGGAAUAGCAGCACACCAUCCACUGCAAAUUAUUCAUCCCAGAGUGAAUCUUGUCUUUAUUUCUGAUGGCCUUUUUGAAAUGCAUAACCUUGACAAAUACUGAAGACCUCAUAUUUUUGUUAAUGCAUAACUUACAAAAGGUUAUGUCGUCAUUUUAGAAAAAGCUGCCAACGUCUGCCACAAUCCUGCAUUACAAAGUUUAUUUUACACACUGUAAACAAUUAUUCUAUGCACUAAAUUUUUGCAGGUAGACCGCAGCAC